GCAAGGGGUGCGGAAUGUUCGUCAUCAGUGCUGGAUCUCAUCGAAGCUGUUCUGGGCGUUUUUUGCAAGCGAAGAAUUGUCUUCUAAACAUGACAGUGAAAUUUUUUUGACUGCGUCCACAGGGAGUGCGAGGGAACUUUGAUUUAGAAAUUUGGAGGUUUGAAAGUGGGAGUUUUCUUUCGUGGAGACCAAGUUGCUUGAUUAUGUGAUGAGGCAUCAGCUCUGCCUCGAACUAAAAGUAAUUUCAAAUGGAGAACGAAGUGGAGCUGCCCAAGUGUAAAUACGGUGCACAAUGCUACAGAAAAAAUGCAGAGCAUCUCUCUCAAUUUUAUCAUCCCUCUGAUUCUGAAGAAACGUAUGAAGAACGUGUAGUCCGAUCAAAGAGAUCACAUGCUGGUACUGCCUCCCGUCUUGGAAGAGGAGCUGAAGCCAGGAUUCUUGUGGGGUCUCAUUUGAAUUUCACAAUCGAGAGUCUGAUUUCUUGCGUGCAGAAGAUGAACUAAACCAGCAGGGAGCAGGGAGUGAAGAGCGAGGGAAGGAAUUUUCGCAUAUUCCAGAGCAGAAACAAAGUAGCAAUUUGAAUCCUUCUGCAACUGAGGAUUCGAGAUUUGAAGAAGCUGAAGGCGAAUGGGAGAUCGAUGAGUAUGAUGGGGAAAAUGCUGCAAAUUGUGAGUAUGAUGAAGUAGCACAGGAACCAUCUACAUCCUCGUAUGCACAUCACAACAGCAGUGGAAGAAAUCAAACUCCAGAUGCUGUUGUGCUGUUGAUACUCGUUGGAGUGCCGGGUAGCGGGAAGAGCACCUUCUGUUCCAAGCUUAUGUCAAGUGGCGCUCAGCCUUGGAUUCGAAUUUGCCAGGAUAUUAUUGCCAACGGGAAGAGAGGAACAAAGAAACAGUGCCUAAGAGAAGCUGAGUCUGCCCUCCUUCGACGACGGAGUGUAGUAAUUGAUCGGUGUAAUAUAGACAUUAAACAACGGCAGGAUUUUCUAGAGCUGGCUGCACGUCUUAGGGUUAAUUGUCAUGCUGUUGUCUUAAAUUUGCCAGCAAGUCUGUGUAUUCAACGCGCUUCACAUCGCGUCGCUCACGAGGGUGGCCUAAAUGCUGGAAAUGCUUCACAAAUCAUUAACCGCGUCUUUCGUAGUCGUAGGUUACCCUCUCUUAGUGAAGGUUUCUUUAGGAUAACCUUAUGCAGGACGGAUGCAGACGUGGAGAAAGCAACAGAAGAGUAUAGGGUUUUAGAUCAUUCGAAGCUUCUAGGAGCAGGGUUAUUUGGUCCUGUGAACAAGAAGGAAAGCCGACCUCUGCAGCUUGCUGGAAUAACUGCAAUCGAUGACAGGAAUUCACCUCCUGGAACAAACAAGGAAGAGCUGGCGAGAACACAGAGCGUUGUGGCUGCGAAGCAACAAAUUUUAAAAGAUCAUCUUCCGAGAGUAGGUGUAAUUGGAACAUCUCAACAUAUGUCUUCUGUUGACGAGCAACAGGAAGAGACAAACACUCUGGCGUUUCCUUCUAUCUCUACUGCAGACUUCCAGUUUGAUCACUACAAGGCAUCUACCAUUCUUGUGGAAUCCGUCUCUGAGUUUCUGCUCAAAAAUCCUAAUGCAGGCCUCAAGUUAAUGCUUGUUGACAUAGGUUCCAAAUCCCACAUGCUUUCGUUAGUUAAGAAGAAGGCAACUGAGUUGAAUGUAGAUUCGGACAGAUUCACCUUCUUCACUGGCGAUAUUACCAAAAUAAGGUCGUCAGGAGGACCCCCAUGCAACGUUUUAGCCAAUGCUACCAACUGGAGGCUGAAAGCUGGUGGUGGUGGUGUGAAUGCUGCAAUCUUCAAAGCUGCAGGGCCUGAACUGGAGGAAGCCACCAGGAAGGUCGCCACAACUCUUCUCCCAGGAUCUUCGAUAGUUGUUCCAUUGUCCCCUUCAUCUCCUUUGAGAAAGGAGGAAGGAGUUACACAUGUGAUUCAUGUCCUGGGGCCUAACAUGAAUCCUCAGAGGCCGAAUUGCCUGGCGGAUGAUUACGUUGAGGGCUGCAAAAUUUUGCGGAAUGCAUAUGCAAGGUUGUUCGAAAACUUUGCCUCACUUUUCCAAACGAAACCCAUGGUCGUGGAUAACUGCAAGAGAGUGGACACUGGAAGUACUAAUCAGAAACCAAAACUGAACGCCUUCCAAGUGCUGAUGCAAGCUUCAAAGCGUAAGGGGGAAGUAGGGGAUAUAUCACUGAAAAGAGAAAAGGGAGAAAAAGUUCGAGUUAUUGAGGAUAGUAUCACUUGCUCAGGAGGUGACCACACCGAAAGUGGUAUAACUCAAACACAUGGGCAAGCGAACCUACCCUCAGAGAUGAACUCCAUAUCUCGUGAGUCGAUGAAUGGACACGGGCCCAAAAACGUGUUAUCCAGAGAAAACGCAGACGCAAAGGUGCACGACAUCAGAGCAGGUGGUUUACAGGGCAGAGAUAAGGUCGAGAGGAAAUGGGAUAAAUGGACACUUGCCCUCUACAAGCUUGCUCUUCACCCAGAUGAGAGUAAACUAUUGCAGGUCACAGAUGCGGCGGUUGUUCUAUACGACCUCUAUCCCAAGGCAAAAAAACAUGUGCUUGUCCUGUCACGGAAGCAGGGGCUUGAUGCCUUGGAAGAUGCCCGCCAAGAGCACAUAGCCCUUUUAGAGCAUAUGCAUUCUCUAGGAGAAAAAUGGGCAGCAUCUUUCCUUAAGGAGGAUUCAUCGCUGGUGUUCAGAGCCGGUUACCAUUCGGUCCCCUCAAUGAAGCAGCUGCAUUUACACGUGGUGAGCCAAGAUUUCGAUUCUGCAUGCUUGAAGAACAAGAAACAUUGGAAUUCAUUCACAACGCCAUUUUUCCGUGAUUCUCUUGAUAUUAUCGAUGAGCUGAAAACUCAUGGACGAGUAGAUAAUUGUGGUGAGAGAGCAGAGAAGGCGCUGCAAGAGUUGGAGCUACGUUGUCACCGUUGCAGAAGCAUUCAGCCAAACAUGCCUCGUCUGAAAGCCCACAUCUUGGCAUGCACGCAGCCUCUAUUUAACUCCAAGCAUUUGAUUACUGUAGAUUCUGUAAACGGUGUAUAGUUGUGAUUUUGUUGGCUGACACAGCCGUUUUCUUUGAUCAGAGCUACAAAUUUUGUCCUUGAUUUUGAUACGGGAAGGAAACUCUAUCGGAGCAAUGUCUGUGUGUAUAGAUGCGACACGACUCCAGAGGGUUUAAUAUGAAAGUCCCAACCGCUUCACAGUCCCAUACUUGGUCAUAGGACUCCAUAGUCCUGUUUAAGCCACAAGGCCUUAGUUUUCGAAGCUUUCAGUCUUCUGCUCAGAAAUGUGUCCCAUGUACUAAACGACUGAUAGAUGUGAACUUAUGCUGCUAUUAAAGAAAGCUAGUUUUUGUCCAAUGAUCAUACAGCUUCAUUGUAUAGCAGGCUUCCCCGGUGAGUAGGUGGAGCUUGAAUGAGUACACAAGUGACACUGUAUGGAGCGAUGUGUAAUAUAUAUCAAUAAUAGUGC